UCUCUAUGGUUACAAUUGGGAUACAAAGUUGUGCGGGUACACAUUUUAUUUAUAGAUUGCAUUCUAAAUGUGCAGAUCUAAAUGUAAAGACCAAGUAAUUAAAUCUUGUCAGAGUGCUCGGUACUAAAGAUGGCAGACAACAAUUUUUUUGUUUAGACAGAACGAAAAUAGGACCAAAUCAAACGCAAUCAUUGCGUAGGUGGUCCCCGGGAAUUGAAAUCAAAUAAAAAGACCGUUUUCCAUUGUGCCCUCUAUCCUUCUUCAUGGGAAACACGGUAUCACCAGGAAGCAAGCUGUCCAGAGAUAUACACCACUGGAAUGUGUAGUUAGCAUGUUUCACGUGAAUCCGUAUUGGGAUUUAGUAAUAACCAUGUCACUUUUGCUACAUUGAAGAAUAAUUUGACUGACGUUGAUGAUGGCAACCCAAGACAAUAUGAGAGAAGACACUACUGAAAAAGCUUAUUUUGGCCCCUGAGAGAAUAUCUGGAAUUUCUUUGAAAGUCCAGUCAUACGCAGAAAAUAAACGUUUAAAGUAUAUUCCUGAAAGGCCGUUGCGCUGCUUCUGUGUAACAUAAUUUUGGAGUUAGAGUUUAGGCCUAGUUGUGUUGAUCAGACUACAGAUUAUUACAUUUAAAUUGGCGUAUCAGAAACUGACCCAAUUUUGGGGGGAAAUCUUUUAAGGACAGGUUCAUUAGAUCAGCUUCCUGUUAAGAUGUUUUCAGCUUUGAAGAAGUUAGUUGGUUCUGAACCAAUCCAGCCAAGGGACAAGAACAUCCCUGCUGGCAUGCAGUCCAUGAACCAAAGUUUACAGAGACGCUUUGCAAAAGGAGUCCAAUACAACAUGAAAAUAGUCAUCCGCGGAGACAGAAAUACUGGCAAGAGCACUCUGUGGCACCGACUGCAAGGAAAGAAAUUCACAGAUGAGUACAUACCCACUCAGGAGAUCCAGGCAACCAGCAUCCAUUGGAACUAUAAAAUUGAACAUGGCACAUAUAAAGCCACUGAUGACGUGGUCAAGGUGGAGGUGUGGGACGUGGUGGAUAAAGGCCAAAAAUACCCUCUCCCAGAGGGUGUAGGCAGAAGUAGAAAGAGAGGAGAAACUUUGAAGGUGGAAAAUGAACCUCAGGAGUCUGAUGAGGUGGCCUUGGAUGCAGAGUUCCUUGACGUCUACAAGAAUUGCAAUGGUGUGAUCAUGAUGUUUGACAUCACCAAGCAAUGGACAUUCAACUACAUCCUGAGAGAGCUGCCCAAGGUACCCACCCACGUUCCAGUGUGUGUCCUGGGUAACCACAGGGACAUGGGCGACCACCGUGUUAUUCUACCCGACGACAUCCGCCAGGUCAUAGCUAAUCUCGAAAGGCCAAUGGGUUCCUCUUAUAUUCACUACGCUGAAGCAUCAAUGAAGAAUGGAUUUGGCUUGAAAUAUUUACACAGAUUUUUCAACAUUCCUUUCCUGCAACUUCAGAGGGAGACACUGUUGCGGCAGCUGGAGACCAACCAGUUGGACAUGGACGCCACUCUGGAGGAACUCAACGUGCAGCAGGAGACUGAGGAUCAAAACUACGAAAUAUUCUUGGAGAACAUGGAGGCGCGCAGUAAAGGCUACGGAUCUCCAGGUCCAGCCAACGGCCAGAGCCCCUCCUCCGGCUCCCAGUCCCCUGUUGUACCUCCAAGUGGUGCCUCUACUGGCAGCUCUAGCCCCGGCACCCCUCAGCAGCCAGUCGUCUCUACCCAGGCCCCUGGCGUUGAUUCGCCCUCCCCGUCUCCGCCUCCUGCCCUGCCCGCUGCGACGGUUCCCCCGGCGGCCGAGCCUCAGUCCCCCACUCUGACCCGCACCCAGAGUCCUGAGCGUCGCGGGUCGUCACCUCCCCCGGCACCUGCCCAGGCCCCUCCGCCCCAGAAACGUGGCCUGUUCUCUCGCCUGUUCGUCUCUUCCCCUGUCCCAGAGGUCCCUGCCGCCAUUCUAGAGCCAGAGCCUGUCCCCGUGUGUCCUGGCCAUGUGCAGACUGUUGAUGACUUUGUGCCAGAUGAGGGCCUGGAUAAAAGCUUUCUGGAGGAGAGCCUCCCCUCUAAAGUCAAGGACCCUCAACCCAUACCUGCAUCUGCUAUGGAUAGUGACAGUGAUGGAGAGGAUGGAGGGAACCCUAUGGUGGCCAGUUAUCAGGAUGAACUGGACCCAGGUGACAAAGAGGCCCCGCUGCCCCAGCCCAGCGCCCAAGACCUCCUUGCCAGUAAAGACCACACCCUGUCCAGCGACGAGGAGGAUGCACGGCCCCCAGCAGCACCACCUGCUUUCACUCAGGACGACCAACUCAACUGUGACGGCGAAUCAUCGCUGAAAAGAUUGGACACUGAGUCCAUAUUGCCUUUAGCCCCUGCUGCCCAGCUCCCCCAGGAGGCAGAGCCCAUCUCCCUCACCUUGACCCCAGCACCUACAGUCACUAUGGAGCGACCAAGCCCCCAGCCAGACCUGCCCCGGAAUCAAAGGGGGAUCCCUGGGGUGGAGGACUCUGACUCUGACCCGGACGCCCCCGUGGCUAAACAGAUGCUCUCCUUUGUCAUGGAUGACCCUGACUUUGAGUCUGAGGAAGAGGCAGUCAUCCAGAAAAUAACCAAGGAGGUUUUCCCAGUCAGGAAUGAGGUACUGUCAGAUCUGGAGCUGUCAGAUAAUGACAUCACUCCAAACGUGUUGAUCCCUGUGUCUCUAAAGGCCAUGCCGGUCCAGAAGUCCUCUUUUAAGAGCAACAAUGAGACUGACUUGUUUGGCCUGGGCUUCAUGGAGGAGGCUACCCGAGUUAAGGACAGCACUGAACACCUAGAAGAAAAAGAAAGUAAGCACUCCUCAAAAGAAAAGAAGAAAAAGAAGAAGAAAAGCAAAGAGGAAGAGGAUAAAAGCAGUAAAAAGAAGCAUAAAAGGGACAAGAAAAAGGAGAAAGAUGAGACCGGAACAGGCGAUGACAAAGAAAAGAAAAAGAAAAAAUCUCGGAGCAAGAAAAGCGAGGACGUGGAUGAAUUGGAGGACUUCCUGGCGGGCGGGGCGGGUUCAGCAACUAGAGAGGGCGGAGACUAUGAAGAACUGUAAAACCACGGGCAACUGCGGAAUCAAAGCUGCUGUUAUUGUUGAAAUGACAUGGCGCCUCGAACACACGUGCACCACCCGCAAGCCAUAGCCACUGUCCAUGUCCACACAAAACCAGGCCAAAACCUAGACUCCGCAGUGGAUGGCUGGCUGUUGCAUUGAUAUUGAAGUCACACAUGACCUUCGAGAAAGGUGACAACCUAGAAUCAGAAAGGAUAAAGAUGCCAACUGGAGUGUGACGCAAACUAUGGGACCACUGCCGGGUAGGAUUAUGCUUAGUUGAGUCACCAAGGAGGAAUUUUACCUUUUUAAUUUACAGACUUAACUUAAAAUGUUCGCUUAGAAUUUUCUUUGAAGUUUUAAAGCUUGCCCUCAUGUGAACCACUCCAAAUGGGUCAGUCAGGGUGAAUGUGAUGGAAUGUCCUCUACCUGGUGUAAUUGUUUGAGAGCAUGUUCCUGUAAAGUGAUGAUUGACAGUAUAGUUAUGUAGUGGUGAGUAUACAUUGUAGGUGGUCAUAUUUCAUGUAGUGAAGAUUGUCCAGUUUGAUCCACUGAUUUUUGUUUCUCUGACACAGCUGUGGGAUGGCUUUUGUCUCAAUCUGAAGACUAAAGUGCUAUAUAUCAGUCCGUUGGAUAAUACACUCUCCACAGUGGAACGCCCCCCCCCAUUUUGCAGCUACACUGACCGUAGUUUUAGUUUGUCUAUUUCAAAUGCCACCGUAGACCAUAUUCUCUUUGUUGGGCAGUACUUUGGGCAUGAACUUUGGGCAUGAACAAAAAUUAUGCCUCUUUCUCAAUUUGAAAACAGUCAACGGGUGUGCCUCUGUUGGUCCAUUGAUGACUUUGAUAAGUGACUCCCUUUUGUCAGAUUAUGCUAUAUGCUAGCUCUAGGAAAUAUUGAAAAGAAUUUACCCAAAGUCUAUGUUUUUUAAAGGAAGUUGUACACCAAAUAUCUAAGUUUGGAAUCAGUUAUUCUUGCUUUAAGUGUUCUUUACUGUAAGUCAAGACUACAGUGCAUCAGAACUGACAGGAUGAUUUUUAGAAAUGUCUGGUGCCUUCUAUAGGUGAAAUGUAAUGUUAUGUUACUCCACAACAUAUCAUUUACUGAGUACUUUAUGCUCCGUCCGUACCACAACAUCACAUACUAUGGAAAUGUUUGCUUUAAUAGAGAGCUGCUCCUUGGAGAUAAGAAUCUCGCAUUAAAAUAAUUAGCCACUUAAACAAGUAAUAAGGUAACAUCAGUAAUAAGUUACUACAUCAUUUGUCAAGUUAUUUAUAAUUGCAAAUUUUUUUUUUUGUUUGUUUUAACCAGACGUCUUAAAAUGUCUGUCUGUGCUUCAGAUUACCACUUAAAAUGAACUUCUCUGCAAUAGCUGUUUUCUUUAAGAUAUUUUAAUGGUAUCCUACUGACAUUGAAUGAUGCUGUUUGUCAACAGUAGUGCUUGUUUAAUGCUAUUUAUGUUUUCUUAUUGUCAUGUUCAUGAUGAGGAAAUACAGUUGGUUUUGAUUCAUAUGUAAUGCCUAGUUGUUAGACUGAAACUGCCUGCUCCACAUUUUGUGACAUAUUCAAUGUUUUUGUGUUAUUCAGCAGGUCGAGUGGUUUCAUCACAAAACAUUUAGAUGCAUUGCUGCAGAUCAAACUAGAGCAAUUCCAAUAUGUUUACAUUGAAAAAACUACCAUUCUAUUCUGUGAUAAUGACAGUCAGCCAUUAUGUUUUAUCAAGAGCAGCAGGAAUUCAUAUCGGACAAGGAAAUAAAUACCAGUGAUAUUCAUGAAUAAGGUACACAAAGUGUGUUUAUUUCUGCACUGUUACAAGGUAUGUUUAUUACCUCACGUGACGAGAUACAUUCAGGUAUGCUACUUUUGCUUGUCCCUUUAGACUGAACGGGCUGAUAUCAAAUUGAAACGUAAAACUAUGCAUUAAUCGUAAAUGCUGUACGACUAGCUGCAUUGUGUGUCCUGUCAUUCAGUGGGUGGUUUACUGAGCAAACAAUGCUAAGAGCACAGUUCCGUCUGGAGCAAUGAGUCCUACGAAGUACAAUAAAAUGAUGUAUAGAAAGUUACAAUUAUACUUAUUUUCAUCCCACGAAAUGUUUCUGUAUCUUCACUGUGAACCUGUGUUUGGUUUCUCUAAUAAAUGCAAACUUAUUUCUU